CUGCCAUUAGAGGGAGAUCUCCGAGCGCUCAGUGCAGAGCGGCUCUGCACAGCUCAGCCGCGCUCCGCAGCAUCGAGCCGGGGGGAUCGGACCCUCUCCCGCCGACCCAUGAAAAUGCUCUGGAAGCUGACGGAUAACAUCAAGUAUGAGGAGUGCGAGGAGCGCCACGACAGUGCCAGCAACGGGACGGCGCGGCUGCCCCAGCUGGGGGCCGUGGGGCAGUCCCCGUAUAGCAGCGCCCCGCCGCUCUCGCACACCCCCAACGCCGACUUCCAGCCGCCCUACUUCCCCCCCCCGUACCAGCCCAUCUACCCCCAGUCUCAGGACCCCUAUUCCCACGUCAACGACCCUUACAGCCUCAACUCCCUGCACACCCAGCCGCAGCCCCAGCACCCGGCUUGGCCGGGCCAGAGGCAGAGCCAGGAGCCGGGUUUGCUGCACGCGCACCGGGGGCUGCCCCAUCAGCUGGGGGGGUUGGACCCCCGCCGCGACUACCGGCGGCACGACGACCUGCUGCACGGCCCGCACGGGCUGGGCGCGGGGCUGGCCGACCUGCCGCUGCACUCCAUCCCUCACGCCAUCGAGGACGUGCCGAGAUUGCAGUACAAAUCGCUCCGUUCGCGUCUGAAAGACCCACGAAUUAACGGCGCUGCCGUAGUUUACAUGUCCCCUCUGGGCUGUGGCGGCUGCCGGCUUAGAGCAGGCUGUCACCUCAGUCAGUGCACUCACUGCUCCAUCUGUAGACUCAGCUUUCCCCCAAAACCUCCCCUCAUUGUCCCUCUGGUAUGGCAUUUUUGGGUGCUACACAGUCCCUCCCGCCCCUCCUCUAACCACCUUCCGUUGUGGAACAGGGCAAAAUCCAAAAAUGGCGGGCGGUCCCUCCGAGAGAAGCUGGACAAGAUAGGGUUGAACCUGCCGGCUGGGAGGCGCAAAGCUGCUAAUGUCACCUUGCUCACCUCGCUGGUGGAGGGGGAAGCAGUGCAUCUAGCUAGAGAUUUUGGGUACGUUUGUGAGACAGAAUUUCCUGCCAAAGCAGUAGCUGAAUUUCUCAACCGACAACAUUCCGAUCCAAACGAGCAAGUCACAAGAAAAAACAUGCUUCUAGCUACAAAACAGAUCUGUAAAGAGUUCACCGACCUGCUGGCUCAGGACCGAUCUCCCCUGGGGAACUCACGGCCCAACCCCAUUUUGGAGCCGGGCAUCCAGAGCUGCCUGACCCACUUCAACCUCAUCUCGCACGGCUUUGGGAGCCCGGCGGUAUGCGCUGCCGUCACCGCCCUGCAGAACUAUCUCACCGAGGCGCUCAAGGCCAUGGACAAAAUGUACCUCAGCAACAACCCCAACAGCCACACAGACAACAGCACCAAAAGCAGCGACAAAGAGGAGAAGCACCGAAAGUGAGGAUUCCCCCCCCACUCCUCUCCCUUCCCCCCCUCGCAGCCCAUCAGUCCAUUCAUCUCCCUCCUCCCUCUGCCCUGCACCCAGCACCCCAGGCUACGGCAACAGAAUGAGCAUCCUUCUGCCAAUCCUGUUCUCUGACUCUGCGGGACUGCUCUGCCCUCUCCCCACACCCCUUCCCGGCAUCCACAUCUCCAUUUGCUCCCUUUUAACUCGUUCCCCCUCUCCCCGCUGCCACCAUCGUUUUGCUACCC